UAGCAGUACCUCAGAAAUGAAGUCUUAUCUAUAAAAUCCCAUCAGAUACAUUUUGGCUUGACCUGAGGGAAAGUUCUGAGGCAGGUAUUGUGAAUGUAAAACUUUACAGUGUGUCUCUGGCUUCUGAGUUCUCACUCCUGCUACGUACAUUUAGGAGCUCCAGUUCCUUCACAUCUCUUUUUCUCCUCCUCCUCCCCCAAUUUGCUUUUCUGAGUUUGGUUCUAUAAAACUUUGGUGCCUAAAAGUGUUCAGAAGAAGGGUGAGUAAGUAUCUGUGUACAUCUUUUGAGGUGGUGGGUUCCUAAAUUCUACCAGAAAUGAUAAAAACAAUGCUCAGACAAUCUUGUUGCUGCGUGAGAACAACCGCCAUUUCCCGCAGGUGUUGGCAGGGCGAACCGUUGGAUGGAGAACAUUUUUACCUUCAGUUAAGCUUUGUGAAUAAUUUUUCCUGUUGCUAUAGGUGUGUACAAAGAGAAGAAAAUAGUGUAAAUAAAAAAAAACUUUACCAGAACAUGUAGGUUUUUCUGAACUUCAUGGAACAGUCGGCACUCUGUGCCAUCUCCACAGCCCCACAGUCGCUUCCUGAGGCUUGCAUGGAAACAAAUGUGCUGGCCAGGCCUUUGCCAGCUUUGCUUGGGUGGUGGCAUUUCUUGAGCUAGAGUUUGCAGAACCAAAGCAAGCAGAGUUUGGAAGUUUGGACGCAACACAGAUGAUCACAUUUCUGCCAUCUUUGUGCCAUUUCUCUUCCUGAAAACCAAUCAAACCUAAUCAAUUUUUUAAAUGUAUUUGCACCUUAUGUCUGUUUGCAGGGUCCAAUGAUGAUAACCAUUCUCUCAAAGGUUACAUGUGUCCAAGUGAUUGGUUUUGCUUUGGAGUGUGCUGGUGAUCAGGCAGCUGGCAUGCUUGGCUGUACCUCACCACUGCCAGCUUGCUGGUUGGGGUAUUCUCUCAAAGUCAAAUGAGACAAUUUGCCAGUUGUUGCUAUCACAAAUGGAGCUCCUGGUAGUGAAGCAUGCUACUCGAUGUGCUCAGAGGCAUCUUGUGUUCUUAAGGCAAGCAUCUCAUAUUACAAAAAGCCCCAAACUUUCACAGCUUUUAGCCAGGUAGUAGCUGCCCUGCCUCUGUCGGUCUCCCCUAAGGCAGUGAUAUAGCAGGCAGAGGAAUAAUUGCAGUGCAUGAGGUUACGUUAUUGAAGUCAAGAAAAUAAGUUUUCAAAGGGGAUGAGCGAGUAAUUCUGACAUGUAGGCACCUGUUAGGUAUAAACGUGAAAAUUCAGCUGUGGUCAUAAUCAUUGGGGUUUUACUGGGGGCUCAUGUUUACGUAGAGGUAGCUGUGGGAGUGCAGUGCUCACCCACACUGGUGAUGCAGGCUGGGGAUUCCCUGCCCGCGUCCCUGUGACACCAAGCAGUGUCACCUUGAGCUUGCUGGUGGCAACGAGGGAGGGCAGCUGCUGUACCAGAAGCCAGGUUCUGAGCCAGGAGGUGGCCAGCUGGAGGAUGGCUGCUAUGUGCCACGGGGCAGGGAGCAGGUUGAGGUGUGCACCAAGGAGCCCGGCACAGGAGUCAGGGUGAGCAGAAACUCUGUUGACCUGAACGCUUGCAGGCAGUUGGAUGCUUGUUUCAGAUGAGGGAAGAAAACUUACCAUGGAGCUGUGUUUGGAGAAGGGCUGGCAGCUUCUCCCCUGUGCUCAGUGGGGUGAUUCUGGCUCUGUGACCUAGGUUUGGGAGGGAUGAGGAGUGGAGGGGGACAUGCAGCAGAAGGCAGAGCCAGGUGGGUCGGCCAGGCAAAGGGGCUCACAGCAGAGGGAGCCCAGCUUCCCACGGCAGUGGGGCAGAAGAAGGGCAGCAGGGAGGGCCAGGCUGCUGUUCCGCCCAGUGCUGCCAUAGCAGCGUUGGGGAGCUGCCAGCUGCUGCACAGGUACCUGGGCCCAGUCUGCUCCUUCCGCAGGCUUGGGAGUCCCACUGUUGUAGUUUUGGUCCAGAAGCUGCAGCAGCGCUCAGCUCCAGCCCUGCUCUUGCUGAGUCCUGCUGGGUAGAAAAGCAACGACAGGUAAAACUCUCUCUGUGGUGCAGGUUGGCAGCGGUCGGAGUCAUGUAAUUAGAAGACAUAAUUAGAAGACGGCGGCGGAGCGUUGCGCAGCGACCACUGUUGCUGUGACAGAAUGGCUGCAAAGAGAAAGGAGGCGGUCCUUCAGAUGAACAUCAAUAGCCAGGAACUUUGGGAGGAAAUGCUGUGUCUUGAAGGCCUCAUUGUUGUUGAUGCAUAUCAAGCCUGGUGUGGCCCAUGCAAAACAGUAGUGGAUCUUUUCCGAAGAAUAAGGAAUGAAGUCAGCAGUGACCUUCUGCACUUUGCUGUGGCUGAAGUUGAUUCCGUUGAUGCUCUGGAAAAAUACAGAGGAAAAUGUGAGCCCAUCUUUCUCUUCUACACAAGAGGAGAACUGACAGCUACUGUGAGAGGAGCAAACGCCCCAUUGCUGCAGAAGACCAUUCUGAAACAGCUGGCAGUGGGAAAGAAGGUUUUGGAGCAUGGAGGAGAGCGUUUGGUGGUAAUCAGGCUCUGAAUCCUUCUUGUUAGAGCCAAAGCUCAGCUUUCCAGUGCCAGCAAGGCGCUGAAGCUGGGUUGCUUCCUGCCAAAAGCCUGUCAGUUUUUCUGGGCUGAGCCUGAAGGCUGAUGUGCAUCCUAUGUCACAGGGUUGUGCAGCCCUCCUGGAUGUAAGGAAGAAGCUGGAAGGGUGGUUGUGUUUUUAAACCCUCUAUCCUCCUAGGAGAAGGAAAAGCAACUCCUCACCUUGCUCUACAGGAUGGAGGGAGAACUCUGCUUGUGUUUUCUCUUGCUGAGCUCACCCACCCCUAGCAUUAGUUAUUCCUCCAGGACACCUUAGCUUUUAAUUCCAUAAUCUAGCAGCUCUGAUGACAUUUCUCAGGCUGCAGGGGCGGGCACUUCACUGCACUGGGCCACGCUCGUUCCUGCGCUGGGAUAUCGCCGUGCAACCACUGGCAGCAGCUGUCCUACAGCGGCUGUGCUGGGCACAGCGCUGCUGAGGAAAUGCAGCCUUUGUUCUGAGCUCUCUGCAGCCGUACCACUGCAUCUCCUGCAGC